GAUAAACGGCUAAAAAAUGCUAUACUUAUUCCUUCAAAAGAUUAUAGGGAAGUACAAUUAGCAGCAGAGUUGCUCGUAUAUAAAAGUAAUAAUAUGCGAGAAUUUAUACUAUGCAAAACUGACUUAAUGUCAGAUCAAAUUAUAUUUGAUGAUUGUAUCAUUUCUAUCUACAUUACAUUUUAUAAAGCUAUAGCCAGAAAUGAGCAUCCAAAGGUUGGUUUGAACAUCUUAAAACCAGAUAAAAGACAGAAAGCGUUAGAA